CUUUGACAUUUGACGUAAAAAAUUUUUUAUGUGUACUGUAAGGUGUAUUUGUAUACUAAAUACAAUAUAUAGGUGUGCGUGUUUGUGUAUCGAAUCUACGAUCCAUUAUUUAGAAAAACUAUAUUAUAAUUGAACAAGUCCGGGUUUACACCAAUAAUUAGUAUCUAAAUCUCGAGUAUCGGGUUUGUAAAUAAUGUAUAAUAUUAACUUGUGAUUAAAAUUUAAAUAAAAAUGCAAGUAAAUCAAAUUAAUAUGGACUUUCCCUCAGAACUUUGCGUAAAACCUUUAGCUUUAGUGGGUGUUUCUGGAUUAGAUACUUUAAAUAAUGCAAUCCACAAAGCCAUUUGGGAAACAUUUAAUAAUAAUAGACGAGCAGAAAGAGCUCCUGUACUUUUUAAGUUAAUUAACAAUGCUUAUGAAUUUCCUGUGUGCAAACCUAAAAGAAGUUCUUAUGACUGGUACAUUCCAAAAGGUAUACUGAAAAAGAAUUGGAUGAAUAAACAUUUGUAUGAAAUUCCAGCUGUUAUUGUAAUAUUCUAUGAUUUGGAUUGGAAUGAUCCGCAAUGGAGUGAAAAAAUGAUUGAAUGUGCUUCUAGAGUACAAUCUAUGAGAGCUGCUUUGGAAGGUCGAAACUGUCGCAUUACAGUAGUUCUCAUUCAGCACACGCUCUCACUUCCAGCAGGUGAGGAUGUUUUAGCUUCUGAGAAGGCAAUAACAUUAUGUUCCAGUUGUGAAUUAAACUCGCAGUCAUUAUUUGUUUUACCACAUGGAGAUCAUCUACAGGGUUACACUAUUCGACUAGAAAAUGCUUUCUAUGAAUUUUCCCAAACUUAUUACCACAAUGAAGUGAAAAAUAUAAAGUCACAUAAAGAACAUUUAAAUAAAAAUGCACAUCAUUAUUUGUACAUUAGGCAUCAAUUCAAGAUGGGAUUUUUGAAUGAGUUGAAGCAUGAUAUUCAUACGGCUCACAAACACUACACUCAUGCAUAUAAUAAUUUAUUGGAAGUUAGAAUUGUAGACACCAAUGCUUCGGAAAUUCGAACAGUUGCUGGCUUCAUUAACUAUAAACUUUGCAGGUUAAUGUUUGCUUUAAAUCUGCCACGAGAUGCUAUAUCACAAUUUAAAGCUCAUAUUGAUAGAUUCAAAAACAGAAUGGGAUUUCAAGAAUUGGCAUUUGAACACUAUGCUUGGCUUUCUAAACAAUAUUCCGUUUUUGGUGACAUAUUUGAUGAGGCAGUUAAAUUAGGAUUGCCUGCAGUCCAGACCCAACAUCCAGGGAUUUAUUAUCAACAAGCAGCCCAGUAUGCAACCAUGAGGAAAAAAAUUUGUCAAGAGCUUUGUUCG